ACUCACUCCCUCUCAGAGCCUCAUGCUCAUCGCCGAGCCAGGCCAGCAGCUUCACGUACGCCGGAUCCAGCCUAGCCACAAUUCAAACCGCCCCUGCCUAUAUAAAGUCCCGAGCUUGGCCUCGGUGCCUGGACCUUGGUCGUUGCAGGCUUGCUGCUCGGCUCUUGGUUUUCAAGGGAAUCACUACAUUGUUUUGGUAAUUUCGUGUGAAUUUCCUGCCACUGAAACCUACGUUUUUCCCCAUGGAUCCCACCAAGCAGCUCGCUCUCCGGCCGAUCUCCAGCAGGAGAAGCGGCAGCGUCUGCGGCGAGGUGGCCGCGGCGGGGGAGCGGUCGGGCCUGGCGACCGCGUCGUUCCGGGUGUACUACGGCCUGCGCCCCGGCGCCGUGCCGUUCCUGUGGGAGUCCGCGCCCGGCACGCCCAAGGCCGCCGGCGCCGGCGCCACGGCUUCCGUCUCGCCCGCCGAGAUGGCAGGCGCCGACGCUGAGCUCCCGCCGAUAUCGCCGCCGCCGUCGUACUACUCGUCCCAGAUGAAGAAGGGGAGGAGGAGGUGCCGGGCGGGCUGCGUCCUGGGGGCGCUGCUCGCCGCGCUCGGCGUCAGGAGGACGUCGCGUCGGCGUCCGGCCUCGCGCCUUUGAGCUCAUGCUGCGUCGUUCCCCGGGCUGACUGCAUAGGGAGAUCAUCAAUAAUGCUCUUGUACGAACAUUGUUGUACACUACUCCAUAGCAAACUCUGUUCUUGCAGGGGAUACAUAUAUAUGAACUCUAAAUUACUUCUGUA